AUGGCAACUUCUCAGCCCGGUCUAGAUGGGCAACAAGAUCUUCAAGAUCACACCCCCAAUCAAGGACUCUCUGCAUUAUCACUCUCUUCCCAAACCAUACACGCCGACGAUUUCCUCAACAAAGGUCAAGAUGUUGCACCACCUCUGCACGUAUCUACCAUCUUUCGCUACAGUAAUAAUCCAGACGAUCUUGUUGCAGCAAGUGAGCUAGAUCCCAACGCACCACACGAUAGCCACAUCUAUUCUCGCAUAAGCACCCCCAACACCACCCGCUUCGAAGCAAUCCUAAGCAACAUCCUCAAAGGCCCCACUCUCACAUAUACAUCCGGUCUCUCCGCCUUCCACGCCGCUCUCGUCUAUCUCAACCCCAAACGCAUUUCCAUCGGCGAAGGCUAUCACGGCUGUCACGGCGUCAUAGACGUGCACACCAAACUUACCGGGCUCCAAAAACUCCCUCUCGAUUGUCCCGCCGAGGAUCUCCACCCCGGCGAUGUCAUCCACGUGGAAACCCCGCUAAAUCCCCAAGGCACCGCCUGCAAUCUCACUCUCUUUGCCGAGAAGGCGCAUUCCCGCGGCGCGUUCCUAUGCGUCGAUGCGACGUUUGCGCCGCCGCCUCUGCAGGAUCCGUUUCUGUGGGGUGCCGAUAUCGUCAUGCAUAGCGGCACCAAGUAUAUCGGUGGACAUUCCGAUAUGCUCUGUGGUAUUCUCACUGUGAAUCCUAAACAUGUUGCAGAUGGUUGGUUUCAGGGGCUACAGAAAGAGCGAGUGAUGCUGGGGAAUGUGAUGGGGUCGAUGGAAGGAUGGCUCGGUAUUCGCAGCGUUCGAACGCUGGAAAUUCGUGUCAAGCAGCAAUCGGCCUCAGCUCAGAAUCUUGUUUCGUGGUUACAUAAUGCUCUGAAAUCUGAUAGUCCCGAAACAGAGGUGGUGAGGAAGGCGGUGCUGAGAGUUGAGCAUGCAAGUUUGCAAGAAAAGGAUAUUAAGGAUGGGUGGCUAUUGAAGCAGAUGCCAAAUGGAUUUGGACCGGUUUUUUCUAUCGUCUUAAAAGAAGUAGGGUUCGCGAAGAAGUUGCCCAGCAAGUUGGAAUUGUUCCAUCACGCCACGAGUUUGGGCGGUGUAGAGAGUUUGAUUGAGUGGAGGGCAAUGUCAGAUGCUACUGUUGAUCAGAAGUUGUUGCGGGUCAGUGUAGGAAUUGAGGGAUGGGAGGAUUUGAGAGAUGAUCUUUUGCAAGCCUUCAAGUCAUUAGUAGACGGUAAAUAG